AUGUGCAACCAUUAUGAUCAUGAAAGCAUCGUUACUACCACUGCCACUACUAUUGCUUCUAGUGAGAAAAAUUUCAGAUCUACACACACACCCACACAGACACAGACAUACAGACAACCAAAACCAGAGAUGAAAAUUUCAUUCUGUUACUACAAAACAACGACACAUAAUGAUACUUUUGCUAUGUUGGCAAGCAGUGCAAAUGCCUCUCCCAUCAGGUCCCCACCUGUUCUUUACAUGUUGACAAGAGAUGGAACAGCUAGCCAGGGCUCCGUAACCAAAUAUUUCCCACACUGGAAAUGA